AUGAGGAUUUCGGAAAAGCUACAGAAUCAUAGGUCUAAAUCGACCAAACCAACCUUUUCGUUUGAGUACUUUGUGCCUAAGACGACUCAAGGUGUCCAAAAUCUUUACGAUAGAAUGGACAGAAUGUAUCAAUCAACUUUACCACAGUUUAUUGAUGUUACAUGGAAUGCUGGUGGUGGUGUCCUUUCGCAAUUAACGACCGAUUUAGUGGAAACAUCACAAUCUGUCCUCGGAUUGGAGACUUGUAUGCAUCUCACAUGCACGAACAUGCCGGUUUCACAGAUCGAUGAUGCUCUUGAAAGCGCACGUCUAUCAGGUUGUCAAAAUAUCUUGGCACUUAGGGGUGAUCCACCAGUUAAUUCGGAUUCUUGGCAACCGGUCGAAGGUGGAUUUCAAUAUGCUAAAGAUCUAGUCAGAUACAUCAGAGAUAAAUAUGGUGAUUAUUUUGAUAUCGGUGUGGCAGGAUAUCCAGAAGGUCACCCAGAGACUGCAGGUGAUGAUGAAACUUUAUUGGAUCACUUAAAGGAAAAAGUUGAUGCUGGUGCCAAUUUCAUUAUUACCCAAAUGUUCUACGAUGCAGAUCUCUUCAUCAAAUGGUGUCAACGUGUUAGAGCCAAGGGUGUUGAUGUUCCAUUGAUUCCAGGAAUUAUGCCUAUCACUACGUAUGCAGCUUUUUUGAGAAGAGCUAAUUGGUGUGACGUUCACAUUCCACAAGAAUAUUUUGAUAGACUAGAUCCAAUCAAGGACGACGAUCAAUUGGUUCGUGAAGUGGGGACAGAUUUAAUAGUCUCACUUUGUCAAAAAUUGUUAGAUAGUGGAUAUGUGUCUCAUCUACACAUUUACACCAUGAACUUGGAAAAAGCGCCACAGAUGAUUUUGGAUCGUAUGGAAUUAUUGCCAAGCCAUGAUGAGCCAUUGGACAAUCAUUUAGCCAUUCUGCCAUGGCGUAAAUCAUUAAAUCCUCAAAGACGUAACGAAGAAGUCAGACCUAUCUUUUGGCAAAGAAGACCUUAUUCGUAUGUCGCUAGAACCUCUCAAUGGUCCGUUGAUGAAUUUCCCAACGGUAGAUUUGGUGAUUCAUCUUCGCCUGCAUUUGGUGAUUUAGAUCUGUGUGGUGCAUCCUUAAUCCGUCAAUCAGGUAAAAAAUCAUUGGAAUUAUGGUCUGCGCCAAACUCCAUGGAAGAUAUUGCUCAGUUGGUUAUUAACUACUUGCGUGGUGAAUUGAAAUAUCUACCAUGGAGUGACACUUCGUUAAACCAUGAAGUUGAUGAUAUUCUACCUGAGUUGGUCACUUUGAAUCAAAAAUUGAUUAUUACCAUUAAUUCACAACCACAGUUGAACGGUGUCAAAUCUAGUCACCCUGUACAUGGCUGGGGUCCUCGUGAUGGUUACGUUUACCAGAAGAUGUAUUUGGAAUUCUUAUUACCUAAGGAAAAAUUGUCCAAAUUACACGAUUGUCUGGUAAACGAUGUUAUGCUCACUUAUUUUGCGGUGGAUCACAAUGGUAAUUUAACUACAAACCAUCAAGAUGGUACAAGGGCUAAUGCGGUAACUUGGGGUAUUUUCCCAGGUCGUGAAGUACUACAGCCAACAAUCGUGGAAAAAGUUUCAUUCUUGGCAUGGAAACAAGAAUUUUAUCACAUCUGUGAGGAGUGGAAGUUAAAUUUCAUCAAUCACCGCUGUGAUCAAAGCGUUAAACUUUUGCAACAUCUAAUUGACGAUUACGUCUUGGUGAAUAUUGUUGAUAAUGAUUUCAUUUCACCAGAGAAUAGGAUUUUCAACCUCCUAUCAAGCAUUUAA